AUGUACUUUGAUAAUGUCUACAAAUUGCAUGGGUUACCCCUGAGCAUUGUGUCAGACAGGGAUAGGCUGUUUACUAGCAUGUUCUGGAAGGAAUUAUUUGGGAAGCUAGGUACUGAGCUGCACUACUCCACUGCCUACCACCCUCAGACAGAUGGGCAGACAGAGAGGCUGAAUAGUAAACAAGAGACGUCAGACUGGGGUCCAAUAUUUGUGGCAGUGGUACUGUUCGUUCUAUUAUCACCGGGGCUGCUAUUUCAAAUUCCCGGCCACCACAGGUGCGUGGAAUUCGCCAAUCUUCAGACCAGUGGCGCUGCCAUAAUGGUGCAUUCCCUGCUCUACUUUGCUCUCAUUUCUGUCUUCUUACUGGCCAUCAAGCUCCAUUUGUACCUGGGGUAGAGUCUCAGAGACGA